CCGCGCCUACAGCCUGCCCCUCGCGCCGCAGGCAUCGAGGAGCUGUGCCAGAAGCGCGAGGAGCUGUGCCGGCAGAUCCAGCAGGAGGAGGAGGAGAAGCAGCGGCUGCAGAACGAGGUGAGGCAGCUGACCGAGAAGCUGGCCCGAGUCAACGAGAACCUGGCGCGCAAGAUCGCCUCUCGGAAUGAGUUUGAUCGGACCAUCGCGGAGACGGAGGCCGCCUAUCUCAAGAUCCUGGAGAGCUCGCAGACUCUGCUUAGUGUCCUGAAGAGGGAGGCGGGCAACCUGACCAAGGCCACAGCCUCGGAGCAGAAGAGCAGUGCAGGCAAGGACAGCUGACCAGCUGCAGGUGGGCAGGGCACCUCCACUGCUUCCUCGACAGGCCCGUCCCCAGCAAGCCUGCCUGCGAAACGCCUUGUUCAUGGCAGCAGCUGCCUUCAGGUGGCAGCCCCCAGCCUCACUGCCCCGGGUACAGCCUCCCGGUGGGGUCCAGUCCAUGCACUCGCCCAGGCAGUGGGGGUGCGGGCUCUGGGUCAGCUCUGCUCGGGCCUGAAGCCUCACACCCCCCUGGACUGCAGGACAGCCCUGCUGCUCGUCCCGGCUUCACGGGAGUCCCCUCACGCUCCUCAGCCAGCAGGUGCCCAGGCAACGGGCAGGGGUCUCCUUCACCUCAGAGCUUGCCCUAGUGGCCUGUGACUGUCAAUAAAGGUUGUUUUUAUAAA